GCUUCAGGUGCCUCUGCGCAGGACCGAAGCACGGACUGUGCCGCGGCCAAACAACGAGAGCGAAAUAGUUGGUUCGGGUUUUUGCCCUGUUCUGUGCGGAAUAAUGAGCGGCAGCCCGCGGAGCUGCUCGUAACUAUGAGAGGGACGUGAGACUGGGCUUAUUGUUAGAGCGAGCUAGGAAAUGGUUUGUUUUGAAUUGUGCCUUUAACGGCACAACAAGUCUGUGGUUCCUGUGCUGUGCAUCAGAGUCGUCUUUUUGAAGAGAGCAAUAUCAAAUACAGUUUUGUUAAGUGGGCCUUGGAGUUAUUUUAGUUUCUGUAGUUGAAGAGCCUGGUACAUCGAAUCUAGAAGAGUCGGGAUUGCCUUCAGAAGUGUGAAUUAAAAACACUUCUAGGAAUGGCUUUAAGAAAAAUAUUUUCCUUUUACGUUCCGGAUCACAGAAUCGCUAAGGUUAGAAAAGAUCUCUAAGAUCAUUGAGUUCAUUAACCUAGGACUGCCAAGGCUAUCACCAGCCCACAUCCUCAAGUGCCACGUUUAUACCUAUUGAACUUUUGCAAAGACUGAACUCAUGUUUCAAUUACUGAUGGAAAGGGUUUAAUUUAAAACAUCUUAGCAUGUGGUGUCUUUCAUUCUGAAACCCUGUUCUGUUCUGACUUCGUCUAUUUCUGUUAACCUGAAUAGGAUCCGUAUCUAACAAAGAGUUCAAUCAGGGAAUUUAACGGAACCCUCAUGUUCUUAGGUUACUUUUCUCAUAUAUCUUAAUUCUAAUAAAUGUGACUUCAUAGCUAGCUCUUCUACAAGAGCAAAAUGUUUUCUGCAAAUAAUGUAAUUAUUCUUCUCUGUGCAGUUGUAAUUAAAUUAUCUUGGGACACUAUGUAUACAAUAUUUGUUUAAAUGACUAUUAAUGGUUAAGUCCUUCAUGCUGAAUGAGUUAAUAUUUCAAACAUAUAAAUGUAUCCCUUAUCAAAUGUUUUCCCAGUCAUUCUCAUGUGUAGAGUUAUGCUUUGGAUGACACCUUCUUCCCAUUGUUGCUUUAUUUUUUUGGAUUGCCUGUGGUGUGCUAUGUGUCUUGUUUGUGGCAUAUCUCUGCCUUUGCAAUUCUUUGUGUAAGAAAUUUUCUUUUUAGCAAGUCCUUCAGUAGUUUGAGUUUUCUCCUACUUAGGAUUAAAAAAAAAAAUCUAAACUGAAACCCUUUUAAACUUGGCUGUGGUUGUCUCAUGUGCUAGGCCUGCUGUACAGAUUGCUUUCUCAAGGCUUCUUUUGAAGCACAGUGACUGCUUCCUAUAAACAGACUUUAAUUUAUGUGGCUUUCACUAUCUGCUUUAGCCGUAUUACCAGUAUCCCACUGCUAGAAGAGUGGUUAGUGCUGCCCUGCACACAGAUUACAACUGUGAUAAGUCAUUUGCGUGCUCUUAGCUGGAUCAGCAAACUGUAAAUUCCUUAUAUUGUCUCUCGUUUCUGUUUGUGCUAUUGACCUACUCAGGCAGUCACCUGACAGCGAUGACAUAAGUUGACUGUGCAGUGUUUGGAGUGCUCAUUAGCACAGUGCCUACAUAGCCUGGGAACUGCUGGCCUCUGACAGACCAGGAGAUGUUAUCAGUGUUCAGCAUCUGUUUUGUUUUCAGGCAAACUAAAAAGGUUUGCUUUGCAGCACAGCAGGAGACUGGCGUGCUCUGACAUGUAAUGUCUCUGAAAUGCACUCUGAGGAUUAAGGAUGCAGUUGGGUGUUCUCUGUGCAGAAUUUAGCUUCAGUAUCAGAUUGUGGGUUUGGUAGUUUCCAUUGAGGCUAUUCUGGUACAGUGAGGAAGUACCUAAUUAGCUUUGAUCAGGACACCAGUCAAGAAGGUCUUUGCCUAAAGGCAUAAUUCUGCAGAGCUUGAAAGAGUCGACAGGGGUCCCUGAAUAGGGUGGCAGCAUUUUACUUGGUAUUUGACUUAAAGCCAGAUGUCAUCCUGCAAGAUUUUUGCUGAAAACUGAACUGCAAAUUUAUUAUAUCUAUUUACUGUUGGACAGAACAAGUGUUUUCCAAGACUGCUUGCUUUGUUGCUUGCUGUAUUGGACUGACCACUAGACCUUCCAAGACCAUUAACUUACUCUCAUUCCCUACCUUUUGAGUGUGAUUUUCUGCAUGGAUGUCAUAAAGAGUACACCUGGUAUAAUGUAGAAAGUGCUUGUGUUUUGUGGAGAACUGUUUGAAUGUCGUCCCUCAUUAGAAGUGUGAUGGAGUAGAAGCCAUUAGUGGAACAGAACUGCUUUUUGCUGUGUUGAAUGGAACUUGAACUGCGCAGCUCCUUAGAAAAAGGGGCCUGUAGUGCAGCCAGGCAUUUGCUCCAAAUAACACUUUGCUUUAUGGCUGGACUUGUUGAAUAAUAAAUUAACUCUGAUCCUGUUGUAAGCUGCUAAUUGUUCUGCUCUUUUCACCUGCAGGCUGUGACUGUUUCUCUUCUGUCAUUUGUGUGGAAAGUGCCACACACACUCCAGAACAACAACGGCUUUUGCUUGCAUAUUCCAGUGUUUCUUUUGUCAGCGAGUUCAGCAAAGUUGUAAUUCUUCAAGUGCCAGCCCUGAGCUGAGUGAGGAGCCACCAGCAGAGAUGGUAAAAAUGACAAAAUCAAAAACGUUCCAGGCUUACCUGCCAAACUGUCAUCGAACCUACAGCUGUAUCCACUGCAGAGCCCAUCUCGCCAAUCACGAUGAAUUGAUCUCCAAGUCCUUCCAGGGAAGCCAGGGACGAGCCUACCUCUUCAAUUCUGUGGUAAAUGUGGGCUGUGGUCCAGCAGAGGAGAGAGUUCUUCUGACAGGUUUACAUGCUGUAGCAGAUAUCUAUUGUGAAAACUGUAAAACCACUCUUGGAUGGAAAUAUGAACAUGCUUUUGAGAGCAGUCAGAAAUACAAAGAAGGAAAAUUUAUCAUUGAACUUGCCCACAUGAUAAAAGACAAUGGCUGGGAGUGAACCACAACUUUUUUCCUUCUGUUUGGACUAUAUUCUGUGGAACAGGCUUUACAAAGACUAAUGCAAAGUAAAGGAAGAGCUUGGCUAGAGUGGCCCUGAGAAUAUCACUGAACUCUGAAACCUCACAAAUGAGUAGUGUAGUGUAAGUGGCUAUUUCAGGCCAUGUUUGCCUUUUUCUCCUUGUGUAAGUUCCCUCUUUUUGUACGUGUAUUAUUGUGUGAACAGUUGUUUUGGAACAUUUUGGAUGACCUUUUUCUAAACUCUCUCAGACUAGAGAAACAGUUCACUAAUUGAAAACAGAUUUUACUGGUUAGCAUCUCUCUCUGACCUAUGCCUUUAAUGCUACUUCUGCUGUGCAUGCUUCUUGCCUAAACACCUACACUCCAGUCCUGUAGAAGUUCUGUACCUGAGCAGUCUGAAAGAAUGUAUGGGAUGGGGUGCUUUUUUAUAUGUAGCAAUUUCUGAUGUGUUUGGCAGUGAAGAGGAUGCAGUAUUGUAGUUAUUAAUUUCUUUUUUCAAUUUGAGUGUACCACAACCUAUGUACAUCUUGUAGGUGAAUUGGUUAAAGGUACAGUGCUCACUUCAAAAAAUAUUUCAAUUGCACUGACUGAAGUUAGCAGGUCUCAAGUUGUUAGGAAAGGUUAUGCCAGAGGUUUGGUAUCUUAAUGAGAAAACAUAGAAAGAUUUUUAAAUCAAUAAUGCUCUAGAAUAUGUUCCUUUAAGACCAACAUAUUCCUGCAGGAGUUUGCUGGAUAAAAAAACUUAAACUAUAGCUUGCAAGAUUAAAAAGACAGAAAAAUAUAUGCAUCUUCUAUUUUGGAAAAAAAAAAUUAGUUGGUAUAUUAGGAAAAAACAAAGUUUUGGUACUGUACCUUUGCCAGUAACAGGGACUUGUGCAUCAGUAAAUUUUUAUGGCUGGUUCCAUUUACAUGUAUAGUCCUAAUGCACUGGACAAAGAGGUUGUUGUCAAGGAAACUUGUUGAAGUCUUCUGCUACAUUUGAACAAAAAUAUUUAUUUUUGUGAGAAAUGUCCAGAGCCUAUGACAUGAAAAUUAAUAUAGUACCUGUAGGAAAAGGAGGAGUAAUAAGAGGGAAGGGAAUUUUGACUUGUUUUUUUCAUAAAAUAAAAUAGCAAGAUAGUUUUUAAAAUUCAGGGGUGGGGAAAAGGGUUUCCUGGUUUGCUGGCUAAAUCAUCCCCAAGUAUCUUUUUAUAAUAAAAAUUUCUAUGAAACUCACCUUCUCUUUUGUUCUCAUGCUGUUUCUUUAAUGGAAUCAGUUAAUGAGAGAAACUUCUGGAAAGUAUAUGCACAAUAUGAGCUGUUGGUAUCUGUGUAUGCAAACUGAGCAACUGUGAAAGAAACGCUCUACAUAAAUUUGCUAACUUAAUUUUCAAAUUAAGCAGUCUCUACAGACUUUUUGUAUGUUUAUCCUUUUAAUGAUUGAGGACAAACUGAAAAAAAAACCCUUUAACACUACGUAAGUCCUAUAACUGAACAAUACAGAAGCCUUGCAAUACGAAAUCCCUUUCUCUCAAUAACAAUUCUAAUAUGGCACCUGUGAAAUUAAUCACAAGUGCUGCUGCUGCUGUUCUGUUUUUGGGAAUCUCUCAUAGGCUUUCUGAACUCUGCUGCACUUUAGAAAUUGUCAGACAUAAAAAAGUAUGCCAAUGGGUAGGGGCAAUAUGAAUCUUGAAAACCAGCUUUCCAGUGUUUUUGUGGGGAGGAGGAGUGAGAAGAGCAUUCUCCCAGGUGUACACAUUCUCUGUGAUACAGGCUGGCUAAACUGCCUGACAGAUGUUGUCAUGAUUGAUACCCAUGAAUUAAAAAUAAGAAUUGGAGAAGUAGUUCAAGCUGUUGGGUUUCAGUCCAGAGGCCUGGGGUGGUACAGUUAUGUAAACCUGGAUUUUGUAGCUUACACGUUGCUACUUUGUGUUCACGUCAGGUCUCAUUUUUAACAAUGUCAUUGAUGCAAGAUGGGCUUGGGUGUUGCCUGUCUCAUGUUCUCUUUGACCUGGAAUUCUUGGGAUUUUUUCCACCAUUGCAAUGUAUGUUGCCAACAAGGAAGGCACUAGAACUUCUAUCAGCAAAAAGUUUGUGUUGGCUUCUAAGUCCUGUUGCAAUGUUGAUACUUGUGACCAGCUUGUGUGAGGUUUGUGUGUCUUUGGGCUUUUCUUAUUUCCUGGCUACAGACUUGCUGAGGCAGUACACUGGACUGAAGGCAAAAGUAAUGGCUGCUUUUCCAGAGAGAGUUGAAAUUAAAGAAAAUAUGUAAAGUAUUAAAGAUUUUUCUCCCCAAAACUGGGGGUUUGGUUAGCUUUUGUUAGUAAGCUAAUACUGUCUGUAACACAGUCUUAUUCUUAGAAAUUCAACCUCUUUCUUCAGUGCAUUAUUUAUAUUUCAAACUGGACAUUUUCACCAAAACCUUAAUUAACUUUGAUGCCAAAGGUUGGGACUUCAAGUGCUUCGCACAUAGAGCUUCAGACUACUGGCAUAAAGAGUUAAUGACCUAUAUGUGAUCUUUAUGGCUUUUAAGAGAACCAAACAAAGCAAUAUUCUUUUUGGUCUUUUAUUAAGAGUGGAUGCUUAGAAGGAGUAAAGGGUAGAACUAGUGCAGAAUCAUUAUUUUAUGCUGCCAUGUAACAAUUCUUGUGGCUUGUUCUUCUGAGGGAAUAUGUGAAUUUUCUUCCCAUGUUGUUUGGCAGCAUCAAUGAUUAUUUUCUUCCCUCAUAAAGAUAUAGAGAAUUCUUGUUAUUGGUUUUGGUGAAAGUUGAAUCCAGAUAGCAAUGACUGCUGGCUGAUGUGAAGAGGUCAGUCUGGUCACUGAACCCUCCAGCAGUCAUUUGAAAGAAAAAUAAACUUACUUGAAAAAAAAAUUUUACUAAAGCAUUUUCCCUCUAACCAAUUUUUGUAAUAUAUUAAAGAUUAUAUUUAAAGUUUGUAUGUGUUUGCUCUGGGCAAGUUUACUUCCCCUUCAACUUGAGCACUUUUGUUACUUGUACUGGUUAUUUUUGGUCUUAACAUUUAUUUUGUAUUUUGUUUUUUAUAAAUUGUAACAAAAGCUUUUGUGAACCUUUGUUUCUUGCUGGCUCUUUCUUGGACCAAAUGAACUGACUAUGAGCUGGCUUAGAAGAAAUGUUCAUUGGGAUGCAUAGGAAUUUGCUAGCAAAAAUGUACAUGUAUUGAAAGUUUUUUUCCACUGAACCUCUAAAGCCACAUCUGUCCUAAAGUAAUUAAUCAUAAUUUGGUGUGACUUUAGUAAUCUGACCACACAUUCUGUAUCUAGGUCCAAAAUAAUGGUUCUAACAGUGGUUUUCCAGGACUGAGUCUGCCUCCAAACCCUAGAGUUCUUCUUUGGCUGGUUACUUUAAGUACCUUUUUGAUUACUAAAAGGCAAUGCUGCCGUAUAUAAAAAUCCUGUCACGUUGCAAACUUGCUGUGAAAUCAGCUGCAGAAUUUGGUGAGGGAUUGCUGACUGCUCAGCCUAACCACUCCUGCUGUAUGUUUUUAGCAGCCUGGUAAUCUUAAUUUUAUCAGCCAGUUAAAAGGGCCAGGAUCUGAAUUUCCCUUGUUGGUUGUAAGCUGUACAAUGCAAACUGUGAAGGAAAAUUGUUACAGCUCCAUCCUAAUGUCCCAGUACAAAGCCCAGGAUAAUGACCAGUGUGGGUGGUGUGCCGGUGUGCUUGCAGUCCUGGGGAGAGUAGGGAGAAUAUGGGUCAUGACAUUUCUUUGAGUUAAAAACUGACCUCAGAGGUUCUGAGCGAGUCCCCACUGCACCCAUAACCAAAGGCUGUGUGUAUUUCCUGCUGGUGGAUCCGUGCAAGAGUUCCCCAAUGGCUGGGGGCCAUGCACUUCCCUCCAAGUGCUGCUCACAGGGCUCCUCCUGCCCGCUCAUCUCAGCCAGAUUGCAGCAGCAGCGACCUCCAGACUCACAGACCAAACUUCAGUCAUCUCUAGCCUUGGAUACUGGCCAUGAGAGGAAGAAGCUGUCAAAUUAUUGUUCAACUUCUUGGACACUUGAUUGGACUUCACUGAGACUCAUGUUAAGCCAACCAGCAGUAUAAACACUUACUGGAAAAGGAACAGAUGCUUCAGAGGUUUCUUUUAAAAGGACUGUUACAAGUGGUUUAAGGUCUAAAGCAUGAGUCAUAAAUGGCAGUUGAGUUGUGCCUCAUUGUUUCUUAAACUCUUUAAAAUGCUUUCUUUUACAGGUGACAUGGCUGUGUUGCUGUUUUGUCCUUGCAAUACUGUACAUCUUUUGUUGUUUCACUAUAUUGUAUCUAUUCGAGGUAUCACAAUAAAAGCUUUCAAUUGUUUUGUUGGGUUA